CUGACUUCCGCGCCCCGGCGUCCCGCGGGGGUGGCCUGGUCACCAUGGCGGGCGUGGAUCCCGGCCCGGCCAUCCCCGUGUGGCUGGUCGAGGACGACCUGGGCUGCAUCAUCUGUCAGGGGCUGCUCGCCACUCCCGCUACGCUGCCCUGCGGCCACAGCUUCUGCCGCGACUGCCUGAAGGGCCUGUGGGCCGCGGGUAGCGCCAGCCGCCCGCGCUCCUGCCCCACCUGCCGGGAGAGCGCCCCGGCGCCGCUGCAGCUGCGGAAGAACACGCUGCUGCAGGAGCUGGUAGACAAGUACAGCCGCGCGCUGCGCGAGGCAGCGGCACAGAAGAGCAUCCCAGAAGUUGGGCGUGAGCUGGCGGAGUUGGUGGAACAGCUCGUAGACAUUGUCAGGAGUCUUCAGAGUCAGAGGCACCUCCCCGAAUCCGGACCAGACAAUGAAGGGAGCACCCCGAGCAUGAGCAUGUCUUCUUCUGGUGGGGUGGACCUUUCCUUGGCUUCUUCAAAGCCAGUGACUUCCAACACACCCGAGAGAAAAACGAGAGACAUUCUGCAUGACCUAGAAGAAAUCCAGAAGAAAUUACGGGAAAACUUCACGUGGAAGGAGGCCUUUGAAGAACAGCCGCAGGCAGAAGUCCAAGAAGCUCCCUAUUCCUCUUCAUGUCCACUGCCUGACCAGAGCCACCCAGCCCCCAAGAGCGCCUCCCGGUUUGCUCAGUGGGCCAUCAGUCCGACCUUCGACCUUCGCAGCCACUCCUGUAGCCUGGAGGUGUCCAAGGAUGGCCGGGCAGUGACUGUGUCUCGCCAUCCACAGACCCAUCUCGGGGGUCAUGAGAGGUUUGUGACCUGCCAGGCCUUAUGUUCCCAGGCCUUUUCUUCUGGGCAGCAGUACUGGGAAGUGGACACUCAGCAUUGCAGCCACUGGGCAGUUGGGGUGGCUUCCUGGGGGAUGAAACGGACCCAGAUCCUGGGAAGGACCCAGGACUCCUACUGUGUAGAGUGGAAGGGGACUAGCCAGCUCUCUGCAUGGCACAUGGUCAAGGAGACUGUCCUUGGCUCUGACAGACCGAAGGUGGUGGGCAUCUGGCUGGACCUGCAGGAGGGGAACCUUGCCUUCUAUUCAGUGGCUGAUCAGGAGACGCUUCUGUAUGAGUGCCCAGUCUCAGCCUCCUCUCCUCUGCACCCUGCCUUCUGGCUCUAUGGCUUAAAUCCUGGAAACUCUCUGACUAUAAGGCCGAUAAGGGUGUAAAGUUUCCCUGGGUGUCAGAAACCCAGUGGUUUCCUGUCCUUUCCCUCUGCUUUCAAGCCAGUGGUACCUCGACAAGAGUCCCACUUCCAGAGUUAAUGGGUGCGCUGUAAAGGGCUAACUGCAGGCUUCGGGUGGGCAGACCGCACAUUCCCAAGAGAGCGUGGGCCCUUGACUAGUUCUUGGGAGGCAACCCCUAAGCCCUUGGGGUAUCCUGCCUGAUAAGAGUGUUUGUUUCCCGGAGGGUCUUGGGCCAGGAGGUAUCAGCUUGACCUCUGGAGGGACUGGAGACUAAGGCCUGCCCAUGUGGCCGACCCCCAGGAAAAGCCUGGGCACCAGACCUUGGGGGAGCUUCCCUGGUUGGCAGUCUCCUUGUACAUUGUCACACAUUGUCGCUAGGAGAAUUAAUACUGUUCUUGUGACUCCAUGGGGAAGGAGAGUUGGUGUCUCUUUGGCCUGUGUCCCAUGUGCCUUUUUCUUCUGCAGAUUUUAAUCUAUUGUUUCACUGUAAUAAAUUGUAACCAAGACUACAAUCACUUUGUUGAGUUCUCUGGGUCCUUUUAGUGAAUCACUGAUCCUGGGAGUGGUUUUAGGGACCCUCCCCCCCCAACACGGGGGCAGGUUAUCCAUUGCUGUGGAAUAAUACCACCACGAAUGCAGUGGUUUCAAACAGCGCUCAGUUAUUAGCUCAGUUUCUGUGCACCAGGCGUUAGGGCACAGUUCAACAACUAGCCUCACCAGCUGCAGUCAAAGGGUGACCUGGGGCCAUGGUGGCAUCUGAAGCUCACCUGGGCAAGGAUCUUCCAAACUCACAUGGUUGUUGGCGGCAUUCAGUUCCCCGUGGGUUGUCAGACGGAGGGCCUCGGUUUCUUGCUGGCUAUUGUCUGCGGGCCACCCUCGGUUCCUUACCCCAUGGGCCUCUGGAACGUAGCUGCUUACUUCCUCAAAGCCAAUGAGGAAGAGGCAGUUUCCUAGCCAAGUGGACAUUAGAUCUUAUAUGAUGUAAUCACACAAACAUAAUCACAUACAUCCUGUGGCCUUUGCCUUAUUCUGUGGGUUAGAAACAUGCCACAGGUCCUGCUCACGCUUACUGCAUGGGAAGGGAUUAGGGAAGAGCAGGAAUACCAGGAGGUGGCGGGGUAUGGGGGCCCCUUACAGUCUGGCCAGCACUGGGUGUCAUUUCAUACUCGAUUUCCCCUGUUUUUAAAAACCAUUUUAGGGCGCCUGGGUGGCUCAGUUGGUUAAGCCACUGCCUUCGGCUCAGGUCAUGAUCCCGGAGUCCCGGGAUCG